GUAUAAUUAUGCAAGAUGGCGUCAAUUCGUUGUGUACGGUGGAUAUGUCGUUACUUGUUAGGAGAUUUUGCUUUGUACAGCAAAACUUGGAGGUGAUCGAUGGAACGUUGGUAUAGAUAGCCCUUGGAAUUAAUUUGAAUUAUAUUUCCUCGAGACUGGAGAGUUGAUCUGCUUGUGGAAAGUGUAGAUCAAAGAUGGCUCGGGGUAGAAGCAGUGUUGGUAAAGACAAGGAAAAGGAGAAGGAGAAGGACAGUGACCGCCAGCCAGAUCCAAAAUAUGCUCUUUGGAUAAUUGCUGCUAUUGGUAAAGUUAAGGGACAAAAGCAACGUCCAAGUGAAGACAGAAUUGCUCACAUUCUGGAAAAUGUUUAUGGCUUAGAACAACAAGAGGCCUUGGAACAGCUAGAACUGUGUGUAAAGACAGGGAGAGUUCUGAAGGUAGUUUUUAAAAACAAAGCAUCAUACAAAGACCCUGCAAAAGUACCAGCUCACAUGCGAGGUAUUGUUGAAAAACCCACCGAUCUCCAAGGGUUCAUCAAAGAAGCUCUUGAGAAUAUUGGGGAUGAAAAUGGUUGCACGCAACAAGCGAUUCAUAAUUAUAUAGUGGACCAUCAUGCUGCAAGUUUAGAAUCCACUGGUAAUGCUCGGAUUAAAGAGUCUCUCAAGAAAGGACUUGCUUCUGGAGUUUUCAUCAAGGAAGGCAGAUAUUACAGGCUAGCAACACCACCUAAGCCUAAGAAAAAGAAAGUUGAUGCCAGCACAUAUUGUGGCUUUUGCCUUGGAACAGCAGAACGCAAUAAAGAUGGUGUAGGAGAAGAGCUAAUCUCCUGUGCAGAUUGUGGAAACAGUGGUCACCCAUCAUGUUUGAAGUACUCUCCUGAGCUGACAGCUCGAAUUAAACAAGAACCUUGGCAAUGCAUCGAGUGUAAAGUGUGCUUUGUAUGUCAAGAUGCUGGCAAUGCUGAUAACCUGUUGUUUUGUGAUGCAUGUGACAAAGGAUUUCAUAUGGAAUGUCUUAGUCCUCCGAUGAAAGAAACCCCCACAGGAAGCUGGGUUUGUGCAAAAUGUAAGGUGAAAACUCCUGGCCGACGAAAGAAAGGACAAGUUGAAACACCUAUUACCAGUCCACCGCGCAGAAAAAUUCAACCUCAGGCAACAGCUGAAGUUCAAGGAUCAAGUGUAUGCCCAACACCUGGAUGUGAUGGGUCGGGACAUGUUAAUGGACGAUUCACAUCUCACCGAAGUCUUCCAGCUUGUCCAAUUGCAAAUGAGUCCAAAAAAUUUGACGAUGAUGCCAAAGCUGCUGAUGAAACUCCUAAGAGGAGACCUGGUAGACCUCCAGCCUCCAGUAAAUCAACACCAAUGACUCCGCUCUCCCCUAUAUCUCCAAGGAAACAGCAACAAUUACCACCAGGAGUAACAGAGGAAGAUCUGGCCUUGUUCAAACAGGCUCAGGAGAAAGCAAAUGCUGCCAUGAACCUUGAUACAUCCACCACCCUUGUGCCAAGUACUCGCUCACCUCCACUGAUCCAGUUUGGUCGUUACGAGAUUGUUACUUGGUAUUCUUCACCAUAUCCUCAAGAAUAUGCCAGGCUUCCCAAACUAUACCUGUGUGAGUUUUGUCUCAAGUACAUGAAGAGUACCAGCAUUCUUAUGCGCCACAUGACAAAAUGUAAAUGGUUUCAUCCUCCAGCAAACGAAAUUUACCGCAAAGGUGAAAUCUCUGUGUUUGAGGUGGAUGGUGCAGUUAACAAGAUAUAUUGUCAGAACCUCUGCCUAUUAGCCAAGCUCUUCCUUGAUCAUAAGACGCUGUACUAUGAUGUGGAGCCAUUCCUGUUUUAUGUCCUAACGAAGAACGACAAAAAGGGCUGUCAUUUGGUGGGAUAUUUCUCAAAGGAAAAGUCUUGUCAACAGAAGUACAACGUGUCAUGUAUUAUGACAAUGCCCCACUAUCAAAGACAAGGGUUUGGCCGACUGCUCAUUGACUUUAGUUACCUCUUGUCGAGAAUCGAAGGCCAGCCGGGCUCCCCUGAGAAGCCAUUGUCAGACCUUGGCUUGAUCAGUUAUCGUAGCUACUGGAAAAGUGUUUUACUGGAGUAUUUGCACGAUCACAAGGAAAAGCAUGUCACCAUAAGAGGGAUCAGUAAGUCGACUGGAAUGGAUCCACACGACAUUGCUGCCACUCUUCAGAUACUUAACAUGGUGCACAAAAAGGAUGGAAAGUUUGUGCUAUGUGUUAACCAACGCUUGAUCAACACUCACAUGGAAAAAUUACGAAUGAGUGCUCGCAUCACCUUGGACCCUGACGCACUCAGAUGGACUCCCUUGGUGCACACUAACCUGGCGCUCGUCGAUAAAGAGAACGAAGCUGCAAACGGACAUCUCGAAGGCGGAAAGAACGGUGGAGCAGACAACAAGGAUGGCUCGGCGGACGCUGGUGAUCGGCAAGUAGACGUGCUCAACGACAGUCAUGUGGACAAAUCGAAAGAUGGAUUGGUUAUAAACGGCAUUGCUGAAUAUGAAGACGAAAGUGCCUCCGAGGAUGAUGAUGAGGGUCCGAUUAUUCGGCCGAGAAAGCGCCGACGAAGUAAUACGCUUUCCGACAGCGGCUCGGAUAAAACUGAGGAGAAGGUAACGGACGAAGCGGGAGUGUUGAAGAACGAGGAUAAAACGAACAAGGAAUUAGCUGGUUUUGACACUACAACAAGUGGAAAGCUGAACAGUGCAGAGGGCGAAAGUGGGAUCAUCAAGAAGAAAAUGAAGCUGAACGAUGAAGAGUCGAGCGCCGAAGCCAGCGACGACUCAGCUGAUAAUUCGGAUUCCGAAGAUUCCUCCUCCUCAUCGUCGUCGUCAUCUUCGUCCUCAUCUGAAGACAGUGAUAAUGGCGAACCUAUGGACCAUACCGAAGAUAACCCUUCAAGAGAAAACGAAGACACCCGCAAAUGUUCCGAAGAUGGCUCAAGCGAGUCUUCGUCCGAGAUUAACAACUCCCCGGCGGGCGUCUACUCGGGAUUUGGGAGUCAGUUGGAUAAUAGAAAUCCCUUAGAGACUUUAGCAGAUAUGGACUCUGCCUUCCCGAGAUUGUCACCAACAAGUUUCGAGUGUAAGGAGAGUAACAGGUCGGACUCUAUGGCCGUAGAUCAAGAUAUGAACCCGGUGGUUGAUUUCCCAGAUACGGAUAGCACAGCUCUUAUUAAAGAACUGUCUGAGGAAGUGUUCUCGAUCGGCGCCACGCCUUCUCUUGGAGGCCAGCAUUCUUCCGACGACGAAAUUUGAGUACGGUGUUAGCCUGGUGUGCUUUUUUGGCAGUGCAAUUCUUUUCUUUUGUAAAAAAUGCUGAUUUUCUUGAAUAAUGCUAUUCUCUUUUGAAGUCCUUUUACUCUUAUAUUAAAACCCUUGUUUUCCAUUCAGGUGAAAUUAAGAUCGAUUAAUAAAAACAUAUGUACAUUUAUGGAACAGUUUAAACUAAACUUUGUUAUGCUCCAUUUGAAACUUCAAGUUAUCGAUGCAAACAUAAUUAAUCUUUUAUCGUUUGUUCUCAUUUUGUAUUGAUAGUGGAAGUGUAGAAAUGACAACUUAACAAGUAAAGCGUAAUUUAAACUAGGAAGAUAAGUUUUUGUUUUUUUUUUCGCAGUCAGGUGUUUUCCUUGUGCCACAUUUUCAUGUAAAUUUGUUAAGUAAUGUAACGUGGUUUGGCGCAUGAUUCCUCAUUUGUAUAAAAAAGUAAAAAUUAGUAAAGUCUUUUUGGAUGAAACCUUUUGUAAUGAACGCAUUGUUGGAUGAAUAUUGUAAAUUUGGUUGAUAAGUAGUUAUUAAUAUAUCACAGAGAUUAUAUGUUGGAGUGUCGGCUGUUUGAUCAAAUUUUUUAGAAACGCAAAACGAGGAGUUCUCUUGGUGGAUGAUGUGUUGCGAAGGCUAAAACUCAAGAUCAGCAGAUUGGGUAGACAAUAAAUAUUUUUCACGUCCCAAUUCAGUCGGCCAACAAUGGCGUCUGCGACAGCCAAAGAUAUUCCCGAAAUCGUGCUCUAGAGGCGAAAGAAGCUAAACAGCUAAGUUUAAAGUGUAAUAAACCUAAAGAUGCGGAUCAACGGAGUCUUGCUUUAGAACUAGGCCGCGAGCAGGCUCUGACUAGUGCUAUGCUCAGCGCCUAAGGCACGAGUAUUAAUGAUACUUCGUCUGCCAGCUAGUCUGUCGCGGUUGUGCCGUGUUAACCGCGGCGCCUGUAUUUGGGGACAUGCUGGCCGGCCAAGUAGUAUUUUUCAUUUUGUUUUCGUUGCCGAUCGAAUCGUCACAAUUUCAUUCAUGGCCAUCAUUUUAUUUUUCCGGCAAUAGAAAAUACCACAAAUAUACAUAAAGUGUUUGCAUAGUGGUAAAUAGUUUUUCGAGUUUCUUUUUUAUGGCAUGUAAACCGUAGACCGAAACAGUAGAGACUUGUUAGAAAAUCAAUAACUUUCCUCACCAGAGUGUGGGAUCGUAGACAAGUUAGUUAACAGGUUGCAGCCAAUGACGGGCAUGUAUCUUUUAUAUUAUGUGCGUGUUAGAUAUUUAUAGAAAAGGAAAAAAAAACAAAGAUAAGUAGAAGAGACAAAAUAAGUUGUGUGGAUGUUAAUUGCAAGAUGCUUAUUCGACCUCUUUUGUCACCUCAUUAUGCUGUGAGGCCUAUGAGGCGCCAACUCAACUAGACACAUCAUGGUGUGUCGGGCAGAAGUACAUGCCAUCAGGUAUGACAUAGAGAUUAAUUGGUGCGGCUUUCGAUAUGAGUAGACUUUAUGGAUGAAAGCAUCAAAACCUUUCAGUAAACAGC